CCGCCGGCCGGCAAAUCAAACUUCAGAAAACAAAAACUCGACUCAACUCAAAUAGCCAAUAAAAAGAAGGCCGAAACCUCAAGGGCCAAGGAUGCUGGAUAAAUAAAUAUGUGCAUGUAUAUGUAGCGUGUGCCAAGGAUGUGCGAAAUGCGGCAGGUUAUUGAGGGAUAUGUAUUCAAGAGGUUCCAACGGUGACGAUUACGAUCCGAGUGUUGUGCGCCAUCAUCAUCAUCAUCAUCACCAUCAUUUGGAUCUCAGUACAAGGACACCAGCGGAAUCAUUUGGUCCUUUGGGUGCAUCAUCGUCAGCCUUUGCCCGCCAUCUAUUACCACCAACAACUGGUGCCUCAUCAUCAACGUCCCCGCCAUUGGAACAACAACAGCAACAAAGUCAUCCGCCGCAACAUCCAAACCAACAGCCACCGCCACCAACGUUGCCCUCGAUUGGCCCUGGUCCAGGCCCUGGCCCUGGUCACGGUGUAGCGAGUGAUUCCACCUCAUCGACCGCCAAUAUGGAGCAUUUUACCACAGAGCGACUCCUGCAGGAAAUGGUACGCCUGCGCGAACCUGUCUGUGAACUCGAUAUACGUGAGAGUGGCGUCUAUGCCAAGACAAAUCUUCACAGUGGCACACGCUAUGGCCCAUUUCCAGUCAAACUGUGUCAACAGCCCAGCGAUUUACAUUUGGCAUGGAGGGUUCAUGCUAGUAAUUUUAGCGGCUGGCUGGAACCCUCAUCCGAUGUGGUCGACUGGCUAAAAAAGAUACGCGCCGUUCAGGAAGAUGAAAUUGAAGAGGCUAAUUUACAAAAUUUUAUAAUGGGCGGUUAUCUGUGGUACGAAACGAAUCGUUUCAUAGAUGCUGGCAGUGAAAUUGUUGUCGAUGGACGACCCAAAACUCCCUACGAAAUCAAUGAUAAUUGCAUAGGAGCUGCUGCAGCAGCGGCAGCAGCCGCCGUACUGGCCGCCGCCUCAGGAGCAGGAGCAGGAGGAGGAGGAGGAGGCCCUGGUAGUAGUGGAGCUGGCUCUAUCAAUAACAUCUUGGGUUCAUUACCCAGCGAUGAUCGCAGCGAUCGUGAUAACGGUUCCCAUUAUAGUGGCGACGAAUAUCCCAAAGAUAAGAAUAACUCAUCGCUAAUUAGUCAGAGCAAUCUUGACUUUAUUGACGACGAAAACGGUUUCGAUAUACGCUGUGAAGUUUGUGAUAAAGUCUACACGGAUCUAGAACGCUUGGACGAUCAUCUGGUGGGCGCACAUCAUUUCAAACGCGGUGAAUUUGCCUGUGAGCUUUGCUCCCUACGUUUUUGCCAUCGACCUCUGCUGAUCAAGCACGGAGCUAUAGCACACAAUAACAUACGAAAAUAUUCCUGCGAGAAUUGCACCAAGGUAUUUUGUGACCCAUCGAAUUUACAGCGUCAUAUUCGCACCUACCACGUCGGAGCUCGCUGUCAUCCGUGUCCGGAGUGCGGUAAAACAUUUGGCACUUCGUCGGGCUUGAAGCAACAUCAGCAUAUCCAUUCAUCGAUAAAGCCCUUCGCCUGCGAGGUCUGCUUCAAGGCGUACACCCAAUUCUCGAAUCUGUGUCGCCACAAGCGCAUGCAUGCCACCUGCCGAAUGCAGAUUAAGUGUCCCAAGUGCGGUCAGAGCUUCAGUACGGUCACCUCGUUGACGAAGCACAAGAAAUUCUGUGAUUCUACGGGCAGCUUUCGCAGCCAAUCGAAUCGUCUGCAUCAUCUGCCAGCGCAUCAUCAUCAUCAUCACCAUCAGCAGCAGCAGCAGCAUCAGCAGCACGUGCCAUCAGCAGUUUCGGGAGGAAGCCUACAGCCCAGUUCAUCCCAAUCGUUGGACGCAGCCAGUGAAUCGACAUCAGCAGCUGCUGCAGCAGCCGUCGCCGCCAUGACUACUCCACCGAAUCCCUUUCUCAUGUUCCGCGCCGGAGCGCCGUUCUUUCCUGGAUUUCCGACAUAUGGACUCUUCCCGCAGAGUCCUCUGCCGGGUGCCAAUUUUCCUUUCAUGUUUCCCAAGCAUCCGCAAUUGGAUAUGGGCUGCAGUAUUCCGCCUUUAAGCUCACCCACUGCAGCCUAUCGCCAGCAGUUGCAGUUUGGCCUCAAGAUGGAGAAUCGCGAAAAGGCCCAAGUGCAAGUCAAAAGCGAACGGGAAUCGAAAAUAGAUGUGGCGUCUCUCAAGUCGGAGCCACAUCUUCAAGUAUCCGAAGAGGAAGCGGAUGAAGAAGACACCCAUGUCGACGAGGACGACGACGAGGAGGAAGCAGAGAAGGAGAAGGUGAAGGCUGACAAGGAGAUCAAGGUUAAGAAAGAGGACAAACUGAAGGGGGUCAAAUCAGAAAGUAGAUCCGAGCAACAAACGAUCGAAGACGAUCGGAAAUCUAUUGAUAUUGUCAGCACACCACCGCCAACAGAAUCUAUUGCGGAGUCCUCGAAAACAUCUGCGGAGCUUCCGCUGGAUCUCUCGGUUAGUCGCAAACGUCGCAGCUCCUCAGUAGCCUCACCGCCGCCAGCCGCCUUGCGCUUCAGUCGCUCAUCCACCCCAGAGUUGGGUAUCGAGGCCGACGAUGAGACUGCUGAGUCAGAUCAGCCGCCGACGAAACUUCACAAAUCCCACAGCUCGGGAGAGAGCUCAACUUCUCGACAAUCGUACAAGGGAACAAGUAGCCCCACGCCAAGUGCUUCACCAGGACCCACACCAUCGCCCUCACCGCCCACAAGUACGGGUGGUGAGAUGAGUAGCUUGUCGGACAAUGGACAACCCGCGGCCGCGGCUACUGCUGCCGGCCUCUCCGCUGCCAUGAUCAACUCUGCCAUGGCCUGUAAUACGCCUAUGCAUCCACUAUUGAUCGAGGAGAUCUACAGAUCACGCUCAAUGGCUAGAUAUCCACCACGUCCGUUUCCUUUUUUAGGCCCAGCGGGCGGACGGCAAAGUAUUGAGACAAAGUCAUCAUCUCAAUCAGGCAACAACAACAACAACAACAUCCUAAAGUUCCCCCCGUUGCCGUUUCCGCCCGAACCAUAUUUUGACGAUGUAGCCCCUCUUAUGGAUAAUGGCCGCACCCCGCCGAUUGAUGGAUUUCCUGGUCACUUGAAUCGCAGUGUCAAGCUCAAGGAUCGCUAUACAUGCAAGUACUGCGGCAAGGUCUUUCCACGAUCGGCAAAUCUCACCCGUCAUCUGCGCACUCAUACCGGCGAACAGCCGUACUCCUGCAAAUAUUGUGAUCGCGCCUUCAGCAUCUCCUCGAAUCUGCAGCGCCAUGUGCGUAAUAUCCACAACAAGGAGCGACCCUUCCGCUGCCAUCUCUGUGAUCGCUGCUUUGGCCAGCAAACAAAUCUCGAUCGGCAUUUGAAGAAGCACGAAACGGAUGGCGGCUCCGGGGGUCCAAGUGGCGGUGCCUUCGGUGAUUCACGCAGUUCGGCUGAGGCCGAGUACGAGUCCUAUUUCGAUGAUAUGCGCACAUUCAUGAAUCGUGUCUAUACGCCGCCAAGUUUGGGCGGCGCUGAUGGCGAUACCGAGGAGUAUGCCGGCAGUGAUGAUCAGAUAUCGGUAUCGACACGUCGAUCGGUUAAUUUCGAUAAGGAAAUUUCAACGAAUGGCAACAACAACAACAACAACAACAAUAAUAGCAACAGCAGCAUCAACAACAGCAAUGAACUAAUCGCUGUAAGCACUUGAAGGAAUUACAGAGGAUCGUUACAAUUAUAGUGAAUAAUAAUUAUAAUAAUAAUAAAACUAAUUAUUAAUAGAGAA